UAUUUAUUAAAAAAAAAAUUAGAAAAACGAGCAUGAUUUUGAUGACCGGAAAGACCCUGCUGAUGCUUACUUCUUUAAUGGAUCCCCUGUGAGAUCUAACGUGAAAUUGCGGUUGUAUGGUUUUAUCACUCUUUUCUUCAAUGAAAUGUUCCUCAAAUCUCUUCCCCUAAACCCUAAUUUGAUCUCUCUCUGAUCUACUUCUCCCAUCUUCUUCGUCAUUUUGAAUCCUCUGUGCGAGGAGCUGUAAAAUUAAAAUAUCAGUGAAGAUGUACAUGGCAUAUGGAUGGCCUCAGGUGAUUCCACUGGAACAAGGGCUUUGCCCGUCUUCUCAACGGAUCGUAUAUCUCAAGCUCAUCAAUCGCACCUUGCUCGUUGUCUGUCCUACUCACCUCGAGCUCUGGAGCUCUUGUCAGCAUAGAGUGAGGUUAGGGAAGUACAAAAGAGAUUCGGAGUCAGUUGAAAGGGAGGGUGAGAAUUUGCAAGCAGUGUGGAGCCUGGAUGGAAAGUUGAUCGCGGUUCUUACAUCAUCUUUCUUUCUUCAUAUUUUUAAAGUCCAGUUCACUGAAAAACGAAUACAAAUAGGAGGGAAACAACCUUCAGGAUUGUUUCUUGCAACUAUAACCCUUCUUCUAGAUGAGCAGGUCCCUUUUGCAAAGAAGAACUUGUCUUUGAGUAAUAUUGUUUGUGAUAGCAAACAUAUACUACUGGGACUUUCUGAUGGAUGUUUAUAUAGCAUCUCCUGGAAGGGAGAGUUCUGUGGAUCUUUUGAACUUGACUGUAAUCCACAUGAUAAGAAUGAAGUUACAUUGUUAUCACAUUCCAUGGGUAAUGGUCUUGCUUCUGGGGAUGCUCAAGGAGUUUUGCCUUCCGAUUGCAAAAUCUCUAGAAGAUCUGCUAUCAUCCAACUGGAGUUUUGCUUUCCUAUGAGGUUGCUAUUUGUUUUAUAUUCAGAUGGACAACUGGUAUCAUGCUCUGUGAGCAAGAAAGGCUUAAAGCAAGCUGAAAAUAUCAUAUUUGAGAAGAGGAUGGGUGCGGGUGAUGCUGUCUGUACUUCUGUAGCUUCAGAGCAACAAAUCCUGGCUGUUGGUACCAGAAGAGGGGUUGUUGAGUUAUAUGACCUGGCAGAAUCUUCGUCCCUCAUACGUUCUGUUUCUCUAUAUGACUGGGGAUAUUCGAUGGAUGACACUGGUCCUGUUAGUUGUAUUGCAUGGACACCUGAUGAUUCUGCUUUUGCUGUUGGGUGGAAGUUUAGAGGACUUACAGUUUGGUCUGUUUCUGGCUGCCGAUUGAUGUCCACAAUUCGUCAAAUUGGUUUGAGUUCUGUAUCUUCUCCAAGGGUUAAGCCAAAUCAGGAUUGUAAAUAUGAACCAAUGAUUAGUGGCACUUCAAUGAUGCAGUGGGAUGAAUACGGAUAUAGGCUUUAUGCUAUUGAGGAAGAAUCAUCAGAGAGAGUUCUUGCCUUUUCUUUCGGCAAAUGUUGCCUUAACAGAGGAGUUUCAGGGACAACUUAUGUUCGUCAAGUGAUUUACGGUGAAGAUAGGUUGCUUAUUGUGCAGUCAGAAGAUACUGAUGAGCUUAAAAUUCUACAUUUAAGCCUUCCAGUUUCUUAUAUUUCCCAAAAUUGGCCAGUUCAGCAUGUAGCUGCUAGCAAGGAUGGAAUGUAUUUAGCAGUUGCUGGUCUACAUGGAUUAAUUUUAUAUGAUAUACGAUUGAAAAAGUGGCGUGUGUUUGGAGAUAUCACUCAAGAGCAGAAGAUUCAGUGCAAAGGUUUGUUGUGGUUAGGGAAGAUUGUUGUCGUCUGCAACUAUAUUGAUUCGUCUAACACGUAUGAAUUGCUCUUUUAUCCUAGAUAUCACCUUGAUCAGAGCUCUUUACUUUGUCGGAAGCAAUUGCUUGCCAAACCAAUGGUGAUGGAUGUAUACCAAGAUUACAUACUUGCGACCUAUCGCCCUUUUGAUGUUCAUAUAUUCCAUGUGAAAUUGUCUAGUGAAUUAACACCUUCUAGUACACCAAACCUACAGCUUUCUACAGUACGAGAACUCUCAAUCAUGACUGCAAAGAGUCAUCCAGCAGCAAUGAGAUUUAUUCCUGAUCAGCUCCCAAGAGAAUGCAUCACAAGCAAUGAGAACUCUCCUUCAGAUUUUUCAGUCAGAGAGCCUGCAAGAUGUCUGAUUUUGAGAGCAAACGGGGAUCUGUCACUUCUUGACUUGGAUGAUGGGCGAGAGCGAGAGCUUACUGACUCUGUUGAAUUAUUCUGGGUAACCUGUGGUCAGUCAGAGGAGAAAACAAAUCUUAUUGAGGAAGUUUCCUGGUUAGAUUAUGGCCACCGAGGAAUGCAGGUUUGGUAUCCAUCUCUUGGUGUUGAUCCCUUUAAGCAGGAGGAUUUCUUGCAGUUGGACCCAGAGUUGGAAUUUGAUCGUGAGGUGUAUCCUCUGGGACUUCUUCCAAAUGCCGGUGUUGUUGUCGGUGUUUCCCAGAGAAUGUCUUUUUCAGCUUGCACAGAGUUUCCAUGUUUUGAGCCUACACCUCAAGCUCAAACUAUACUGCAUUGCUUACUUCGCCAUCUUCUUCAGAGGGACAAAAGUGAGGAGGCGUUGCGGUUGGCACAACUUUCGGCAGAGAAGCCUCAUUUUUCCCAUUGUCUGGAGUGGCUUCUUUUUACUGUUUUUGAUGCAGAAAUUUCAAGGCAACACGCAAACAAGAACCAGAAUUUGGUCGGUGCACAUGCUGCUAAGUUCUCUCUUUUGGAGAAGACAUGUGAUUUGAUCAGAAAUUUUCCAGAGUAUCAUGAUGUGGUGGUCAGUGUUGCCAGAAAAACUGAUGGUCGGCAUUGGGCACAUUUGUUCUCUGCGGCUGGAAGAUCAACAGAGUUGUUUGAGGAUUGCUUUCAACGAAGGUGGUAUCGAACUGCAGCUUGCUAUAUUCUUGUAAUUGCUAAACUUGAAGGUCCUGCUGUCAGUCAGUAUUGUGCAUUACGCUUAUUGCAGGCAACACUUGAUGAGUCUCUCUAUGAACUUGCUGGAGAACUGGUGAGAUUCCUCCUAAGAUCAGGAAGAGAAUAUGAUCAAGCAUCCGCAGAUUCAGAUAGAUUGUCUCCCAGAUUUUUGGGUUAUUUUCUUUUUCGUUCUGGUUACAGGAGGCCAUCCUUGGAUAAAAGUACCUCGUUCAAGGAGCAAAAUGCCCAUGUAUCUUCUGUUAAGAAUAUAUUAGAAAGUCAUGCUAGCUAUUUAAUGUCCGGGAAAGAACUUUCGAAGCUCGUUGCAUUUGUAAAGGGUACUCAGUUUGAUUUAGUGGAAUAUCUUCAACGAGAAAGAUAUGGUUCUGCUCGCUUGGAGAAUUUUGCUUCAGGGCUUGAAUUGAUUGGAAAGAAGCUUCAGAUGAGUACACUGCAGAGUCGAUUGGAUGCAGAAUUCCUCUUAGCUCACAUGUGUUCUGUCAAGUUUAAAGAAUGGAUAGUUGUUCUAGCUACUCUCUUAAGACGAUCUGAGGUCCUUUUUGAUCUUUUUCAGCAUGACAUGCGAUUAUGGAAGGCAUAUAGUGCAACUUUACAGUCUCACCCAAUGUUUGCUGAAUACAAUGAUUUGCUUGAAGCCUUGGAUGAGAGACUUUCUUCUGUUACCAUCUUGGAAUAGGAAAAAAGUAGAUUUUGAUCUUUGACCCUUUAAUAUGAAGACUGGUUGGGCUGAUUGAAGUAAUCAUUCUAAAGGGCGAUGUCUCCAAUACCAAGUGACAGAUUGUGAUUUUGGUGGGCAGCCUUUUGGUCGCUUGAGAUUGGGACAGCCAAACACUGUUGUGUGGAGAGGAGUGAUCCUUGUAUCUCUCUGGUGUUUUUGUCGAUAAAUGGUGAACAAACCAAGUUCCAUGAGCUGUCCAAUGGAAAGUCGCCAAGAAUCAUCUGGGAAAGUUAUAUCCAUUUCAGAGAGGCCCUCUUGGCACCCACAACCCUUUUUGUCUUCUGCAUCCAAUUCUUUUUUUUUUUUUUUCUAUAUAUUUCCGAUUUUGUAUAAUCUUUUGUUUUUAGAUGAAAAUAAAAAAGAAGUUUGUCUAGAUCGAGUUUGCAGAAUAUAGAGUCCCGCUUUUAACUGCAUCAUGAGCUUUUGCUGAUGCUUUUGGAUUUGCACCAACUGGAUCCUGUUCUGUCUCAAUAUAUAUGUCGGAAUUGAGAUUAGCCACUUUGUCUUGGACCAGACUGUUCAUACUUGUUUUGCAAUUCAAAUUUCAAAAGCUUCACUUUGUAUCAUCCGUUAGGAAUGUGAAACCAGGGUGUAGUUCCUUGCAGAUGUCAGUUAAGGUUGAAUGUAUGGGUUACAGUGCCAAGAUUAUGAGAAACUGAAGUGAGAACUUGUUGCGAUUUUGAGGAAUGGCAGCAAGCGCCUAGAAGAGUAGUGCAGAAGGUAUGUCAUGACUUCAUAUACGGUUAAUUUUUGAAUAUUAUUGUAUUAUCUGAGGACGUGAAUGAUGGUAAUUAAAAUAUAAUAUUUGGAAUUAUUAUUGCAUUAAGAAUAUUAUUUGGAAACUA